AUGCUCAAGCAUGUGAAAGAAGUGACUAAUUUUAUAAAUAUUUCUCAAACUCGUAAUAUGCCUUUUGCGGAGACUGUUCACAAUAGUUCUGAAACCGACUCAAAAAAAACUAGACUGCCGGAUGUUUGUCGAACUAGAUGGGUUGAACAUAUUAAGGGUUUGAGCACUUUUGAAGAUCUGUUCAUUCCUGUUUUCAACUUGCUUGAUGAUAUGACAAAUGGAAAAUACAAUCCUUCUCUUCGUACUGAUGCAUCCGAUUUGCUUUCGCUUAUUUCUGAUUUUGAGUUUGUUGCAAUUAUGGUUAUUACCAGAAAUAUUUUUGACAUAACUCUUCCUGCAACACAGCUUUUGCAAGGCAAGAGUAUUGACGUAAUGGAAGGUAUUGAAUUGGUCUCUUCUUUGAAGACUAGUGUUGUUAAU